GUUUUAGGGGUCGAGAAUCGACCCAGACGGUGAGACCCCCAGCAUUACUUUUCGCUGUGAAUUAGCCAACAGCUGUUUCGCGCCAAUUAUUACUCACUCUGCCAGCGUUACGCCGGGAUAGUUGUGGAUAGUACCUUACAAUCGUAAAUAAACCCCACAAAUCGUGUUUAUAAAGUGUUUUUGUUGUAAUUUUGGAUGUUGGAUAAAUUUAUGUUUCCAAGAGGAAGUGAUCGACAAAAGAUAAUGGAACGAUACAGUCCUAGGAGCGAUGGAUUAGCCGCUGUUUACGCACGGAACCAUCCGCCGGAAAGUGACAAAAAGCAGCGCCGUGAAAUUGCCAACAAAAACGAAAGACGUCGAAUGCAAAGCAUCAAUGCUGGAUUUCAUGCAUUGAAGGCUCUGAUUCCACACCAUGACGGCGAAAAACUCAGCAAGGCUGCCAUUCUUCAACAGACAGGCGAGUAUAUCCAGUCUCUCGAGGAAGAGAAGAGUAAAUUGAUCGCCCAGAAUGCCCAGUAUAAACGACUACUAUUAGAGAGUGAAAGAGAACGGGAGAAAGAUCAGUUAUUUAAUGAUUCGCCGCCACCGAAGAGAAAGAAGAGGGAUACAGAAUCUUCAGAUGAGGGGAUCAGUAUGGGAAGUUCCCCCGAUAGUAAUGAGGACGGUAUUGAAGAAUUACAGAGAGCUAUGGUAGAAUUGAGGAGCCAGUUGGAUAACGAACGAUGGUUAAGAAUGGUUCUAGAGAAGAGAUUUCGAUCACAGCUUUACACUGACAAAUUAUCUGAUGUUAGCAAUGCUUAUGUGCAGACUGAUCUGAAUAAAAUGACUGACUAUGAUGAAUUGAAAUCAGAUGAUGGCUCCAUGAAGGAUGAUUACCCAUCGUAUCAUACCACGUCCAUGUCCCGCAAAAAUCUUGAAACAAUGAUGGAAGCUAUUCAGCAUCUUGAAGGACGACUAGUGUUCGAAGAUGAUCGGAAAUACGAAGACCGGGUUCCCAAUACAACCAUUCAAAUCAGAACAUCAUCGCACCCCCAUCAUAGUGAAGAGAGUGAAAAGGACAGCAGUGACCAAGAUGAUACGAAAUCAGAAAGUUCUGAUCAAUGUCCGACCAUCCAUUACACCCAUCGCAUACAUCGACAUCGUUUACAAAACCAAUAUACCCAAGACAAUGGCAAACUAGUGCCGCAAUUAUCUGUUCAUAGUGAAAAAUAUCCCUGUUUACAGACUAUACCCAAUCAAUUUUACACCCCAACAAGUGUCAUAGUUCAUAAUUCGUGAAAUUAGUUCAAUUCAUUCAUCCAUAUUUUCAUCUUGUAUAUAAUUCAUUCAUUCUUCAUUCAUUCAUCCAUUGAAUCAUUUGUAUCACUAAGAGUGCUAUUUUACAUUCAUUCAUAUAUAUAAAUAUUCAUUAUUGAUUCAUGCAUAUUCAUUAUUGGUUAAAAAUAACCAUACUGUUGAGUUUGGGGAUUAUUAUUUUUUUUGUUUUUUUUUGUCACAUGUUUGAAAAUUUUAUAACAGAAUUCAUUGGGAAUAAAUAAAAUAUUAUAAUUAAGUUUGUAUUAUUUGGAAUUCUAAUAUCUUUUAUUUGAUACUAUCAAAACUAAAGGGAAAAUUUGGUAAUUAUAAAUUUGUUAACUUCGUUUUGAGCUAGACCAACGUCUGUUUUUCCACCAUUUUGUAGCAUGGUAAACUUUCUUUUUCCCGCCAUUUGAUGAUAGGAUAUAGAAAAAAAGGAUGAAGUUUCGUAUAUUUUCCAUCAUAGAAAAACAAAAUAAUCAAAGGGUUUGUCAUAAAUUCUAACAUUCCACUCAUGACAAACAUCCAUACCAAAGAUGUCAUCCUUGCAUUACAUUAUUAAUUUUGCUUAUUGGUAAUUAUUAAUUAAUUCCAUAGUCUGAUCCGUUAAUUAGCCCGUAUAUCCGAUUUGAUUGUGGGGACAGGGAAACUGAUCCUAAUCCGACCAUAUCCUUCUACAGCUGGGAUCGUCAUAUCAUUGGAAAAUUAGUUAAUUAAAAUUAUCAGCUAGGCCAUUAAUUUUACUUCAUCAAGAACAUGUAUGAAUGAUAAAAAAAAUGAAGACGUCUAUUAAAUAGGAAAAUUUGUUUUGGUAUAUAUGUCAAUUUUGUAUUAUUAAUAUUUGAUUUAUGUUUUUAAACAUUUGAAAAUAAGUUAUUCAGUUUUAUUUUUCCUCAGUUCAGGAUAAACCUUGAAAUCUAAGAUAAAACUGGCACCUUCUAGAACAUUUAUUUCUUUAAAUAAAAAUGUUUUUUCAACCUUGGGCAUUCAGGAAAUCAAUAUAUUACAAGGGCAUUUGGUAUUUAUUUUUGUCUGUUUUCUUUCAUUCGAAGAACUCUCUGAAUAUUUUAAUUAAUGGUUGUAAUACACAUCUAAGCAUUGUUGCAUAUUUCCUGAACUAAAGAAAAACCUCAUUAUUUUUAACAAUUUAUAUUUCAUGAUGAAAAAUUAUUCAAUUCGUUUUUUGUUUCGACCAAAUAAAUCAACAAAAAAUAUUUACGGUACAAACCCAAAAACCGCCUGGAACAUUGUUUAGAAAACCUGUAAAAAAAUUUAAUUGAAAGAAUUGAUUUAAAAUUGUGGAAAUGGAGGGAUUAUGGCAAGAAGAUUGAUUAAAUGGGUAUGAAACAAAAAUAAAAAUGAAAUUUUCUAGGACUUUUGUUGUUCUUAAUGAUUUUGCAGGUGCUUGGAAUGAAAUGCACGUACAGAAAUGAAACUUAUAAUUUUUGUUGGUUUUUUUUAAUUGUUCUAUGAAUACAGAUGAAAUAUAUAUAUUAUUAUUAUUAUUAUUAUAACCCAACAUAUGUAUAUAGUAAAUACAUAUAAUGUAUCAUAUUCUCCUGUUAUAUAUUGUUGAAUACGUUGCCAUGGUAAAUUUUGAAUUUCAUCCAAGAUGACGUCACUAUGGCAACGUACCGCUUUUUCUCGUCUACCCGUGGAGGUAGUACUGUAUGUAUAUAUAUAUGUGUAUAUCCAUAACUGGUUCAAAGUUUACAGAGCAGGGCUAAUUUCAUUGGUGGUUUGAAAUCAGUCCUAAAUCACACAUCUUCUUUCAGAAUGUUAAAAUAUUCGGCCAUUUUAAUCCGAAAUUAGAAAACUCAAACAGACUAAACACAGUAUAAGCAAAAAAGUUUCUUGAAAAAGUUGACAAAAUUCACAAAACCUUUCUUUAAUAUUUGAAAUCAACAAAAUUGACGGAAGCAAAAAUGUAUUUUAAGGGCCGUUAUGCACAUAGUCUUUCUUCAACGAUUUUGAAAUCUGUCGAUUUCUGUUUGACCCUUACGAGAAUUAUCUGGUAAAUAGUUCAAAAUUCCAGAAAUAAGAAAAUUAACUAUGAAAAUUCGUGUACGAAAUCAUUGUGACAAAUCCAUCUUGACACCAGACCGAAACUCACACAUUAUCCAAACACCAAUUUUUGUAACUCAGCGCAUAGAGGAAAAAUUGAUCAGAUAAUCAAAAACCGAUUCAAUUUUGAAAAAUACUAAUACAUUUUAGGGUUUCAUAUCAAAUUAUGGGGGUUUUUUCCGGCUUAAAUAGAUUUGGGAAUUUUAUUCGGAUUUUGUUUUUUCUGGAAUAAAUGAACUAAGUAAAGUAUAUUGUGUAUAUAUUAUGAUUUAUGAAACAACCCAGACUUUAUGUAAACUAUAUUAAAACAAAUGAGAAUUAAGCCGGGAACUAUUAACUUCGUUUUCAUCCUAUUAUUUUCUGUUUCUUUGUUUAUUUUUGCUGUUAGAUUGUUUUUUACUGUUUUAAAUAUUAUGGUGGUACGAGUAACUCGAUGUGAAUAAAUGAGAACCAUUGUCAAUAUAUAUGUUAUCCAUGUUCGAGUUUGUUAACGUAUGUUGAUUUCAGUGUAAAUGAAAUUAAAAUGAAAAAAUGCACAUUACAAUGCAAAUUUUGGACGGCGAUCGUUCUGGUGAUUUUCCAAAUCCUAAUCAUGCUUCGAUGGGCAAAACAGUUCUUCAAAUAAAAUUAUGAAUAAAAUUUAUUUAUUCGUAGUCAAUUUAAAAUUUUAAAAUUUCCUAUUUGGUUUUUUUAAAUUUAGAAAGUUCGUCAUGUUUUAAGAUAAACUGAUAUUUCGAAAAACUGUACAUCCGGGCUAAUGAAAGUAGAAACCGUUAAGCCCAUCAACAAGAUUUAGGUAAAAUGACCAAUAACUGUUAUAAUAUAAUUCUGUAUGUUUUUUUGUUUUUUUAUGUUUUCAUUAUAAACCCUCAUUAGUCUUAUUUGUUUUACUUGUAAAAGCCUCAUGCAUAAACUUUCUUUUUGAGAACAUUUUGUGGCUUUGCUCUCUCUCUCUCUCCAAAUUCUUUUAGAUUGUCGAAAUUAUUCUGAUUGUCAUUUGAUUUAUUAAUGGUUUUGAAAUUUGAAAAGUGCUAAUUUAAACACUGUUGAAGAAUAAAAGCAUAAUUUACAAAAAAAAAGAAGAUAUUUUAGAAGUGAAGUUCUCUGAACAAUGAUGGUCCGAUUAAUUUUCAUUUUCUGAAAAAGUUUUGUAAUAUUUUUAGAAUGUUUCAUGAAAUGUUCCCAUUCAAUCUCGAUUUAUGCAAAUAUUUACUGUGGCUUCAUCAGUUUUUCUGCCUUGAUCACGUGAUUUUUAAACGAUCACGUGAUUUGGCGCUUUCCGCCUCUGUCGCAAGGGGGAAAUAACCCUCGCGACUUGUGUUUGAAGUGUGGUCUUGCAGUGCACUAUAAAGCCUAUGUUAGAACAUGAUGCAGUGAUACAUAUUAAAUGUUGAAAUAAAGA